CAAAGAAAAUAAUAAUUAAUAAUAAAAAAAAAAAAACGAGAGAGAGAGGGUCGCAGAAUAGAGAGAGAGUGAGCGUUGUGACUUGGAAGAGAGAUUUGUAGAGCGUAUCAGUUGGAAAACCCUGGUCUUGGCCGGGAGCGAUUCAGAUCUCUGGAAUUUGGAAUUCCAUUUUAUACUUUUUAUCCAAAAACAAUCCAAGCCAUGUCGCGGGAGAGACCCAGAAGAGGCACUCUGCCUCCUGCUCAGGAGCAUAUUGACAAAUUAGCGAAAGUUGUAGAAGGGGGUAAUUGCUAUGGGGCUCAACAAAUGUACAAAUCGAUCAGUGCAAGAUAUGCAUCUGCGCAGAGGUAUUCUGAAGCUUUGGAUAUCCUUCAAGCAGGCGCAUGCAUUCAGCUGGAACAUGGACAGGUUACCUGUGGGGCAGAGUUAGCUGUUUUGUUUGUUGAGACACUUGUCAAAGGAAAAGUUCCUUAUGAUGAUGAAACACUUGAUCGUGCCAGGAAAAUUUAUGAGAAGUUUCCUAGAAUUCCUAUUGCGGCACUAAAUUUGACUGAAGAUCAGGACAUCCAACAACUUUCUGAAGCAAUUGGGGCGGCAAAAACACGUGUAGAGGGUUGCUCUUCAUUUUUAAAAGCUGCUAUUAAGUGGUCUGCAGAAUUUGGAGGACCCAGGAAUGGUUCUCCAGAUCUAUAUGUUAUGCUAGCUGAAUAUGUAUAUUCUGAAUCUCCUGAGGUGGAUAUUCCUAGAGUUUCAUAUUAUUUUGUCAGAGGAAGCGACCCACAUAAAUUUGCUUCUGUCCUAGUAAAUUUUAUGAGCAAGUGUUACCCAGGGGAAGAUGAUUUAGCUAUUGCACGGGCAGUUUUAAUGUAUUUAUCUUUAAGUAAUCUAAGAGAUGCUAAUCAACUCAUUGAAGAAAUAAAGAAGCAAGUUGAACAUGAGGAGCAUGAUUUUCCCCAAUCAGAUUUGAUCCAGUUCAUCACUUUUCUGUUGGAAACGUUGCAGAGGGAUGCUUUCCCUCUUUUCAACAUGUUGAGGGUGAAGUACAAAUCAAGUUUAGACAGAGAACCUGCGUUUAAUGAGUUGCUAGAUGAAAUUGCAGAGAAGUUCUAUGGAGUACGGCGUAGAAAUCCCAUGCAAGGAAUGUUUGGUGAAAUUUUCAAGAUGAUGGGAGAAAUGCAAUAGCGAUUCUGAUCUUUUCAAACCUUGGUGGAUCUGGAAAUGCUACUUUUAUUUUAGCUUUGGCAUGAAAGCAAUUUUUUUUUUUUUUUUUCUUUUUCUUCUUUUUUACAUUUAUUUAUGUUGGAAUUACAAGGGUAAUACGUCUUGAGUCCCAUGUAGAAGUUACGUAGAAUUUGACAAAAUGAAAUAAGUUUCCGACCCCCAUGUUUCGUAA